CCCCUGUCAGCCCCGUUCCGCUUCCGGUUGGCAGGGCACUCGGUUCCAAAAAGUAAUCGCUGCAGUGGUCGCGAUGGGGAAGUCAGAUUUUCUUACCCCGAAAGCCAUCGCCAACAGAAUCAAAUCCAAAGGGCUUCAGAAGCUGCGCUGGUAUUGCCAGAUGUGCCAGAAGCAGUGCCGGGACGAGAAUGGCUUUAAGUGUCAUUGUAUGUCUGAAUCUCAUCAGAGACAACUAUUGCUGGCUUCAGAAAAUCCUCAGCAGUUUAUGGAUUAUUUUUCAGAGGAAUUCCGCAAUGACUUUCUAGAACUUCUCAGGAGACGCUUUGGCACUAAGAGAGUUCACAACAAUAUUGUUUACAAUGAGUACAUCAGCCACCGAGAACACAUCCAUAUGAAUGCCACUCAGUGGGAGACGCUGACUGAUUUCACCAAGUGGCUGGGCAGAGAAGGCUUGUGCAAAGUGGAUGAGACACCAAAGGGCUGGUAUAUUCAGUACAUAGACAGGGACCCAGAAACCAUCCGCCGGCAACUGGAACUAGAGAAAAAGAAGAAGCAGGACCUUGAUGACGAAGAAAAAACUGCCAAAUUUAUUGAAGAGCAAGUGAGAAGAGGUCUGGAAGGCAAAGAACAGGAGACUCCUAUUUUUACGGAAUUAAGCAGAGAAAAUGAUGAAGAAAAAGUUACAUUUAAUUUGAAUAAAGGAGCAUGUAGUUCAGCGGCAGCAUCUUCCAAGUCAAGUUCUUUGGGACCCAGUGCACUGAAGUUGAUAGAGACUACAGCAUCGGUGAAACGGAAAGAGUCUUCUCAGAGCUCAGCUCAACCAAAAGAAAAGAAGAAAAAGAAAUCUGCACUCGAUGAAAUCAUGGAGGAAAUCAUUGUGAAAAUUAUAACCAAAAAACUUGGAGAGAAAUAUCAUAAGAAAAAGGGCAUUGUUAAGGAAGUAAUUGACAGAUACACAGCUGUUGUAAAGAUGAUUGAUUCUGGAGACAAGCUGAAACUUGACCAGACUCACUUAGAAACAGUAAUUCCUGCACCAGGAAAAAGAAUUCUCGUUUUAAAUGGAGGCUACAGAGGAAAUGAAGGUACCUUAGAAUCCAUCAAUGAGAAGACAUUUUCAGCUACUAUAGUCAUCGAAACUGGCCCUUUAAAAGGACGCAGAGUUGAAGGAAUUCAGUAUGAAGACAUUUCCAAACUUGCUUGAGUUUGAAAAUUUGUUAACGGCAUAUUAAAGUCCUAAAGCAUCAAAUUGGUGUUCACCAAGGCAUUAUGAGACUCUACUGUGUGAGGGUGUUUCUUUUGUAUAAACCAAUGGAUUUAUUUAACUAUUACUGUAUAGUUGUUUAGCGAAACUUAAGAGAAAAAUCUAAUUAUGUCUCAUGAAGUAUCAAAACCAUGUAAAUUUGUCCUUGUUAUUUUUAUUUUCUUUGUAAUAUUUCCUUGAUUUUUAAUCUUCAUUAAAAGAAUGUUAUUGUAAAGUGUUUUAUACAAUACGAUUUAGAAUCAUAUAACGAGGAAAUUCUUCAUAUACGCUAAAUUUAUAUUUUUGUAGUAAAGUAGUAACGUUGAAUUGUAAAUAUAAAUAUACAUUUUCAAAAGUUAAACUAAAUAGCAGCUUUAUUGAGAUAUAAUUCACACACCAUAUAAUAUCACCCAUGUAAUACGUACGAUUUCAGUGGUUUUUGGUAUAUUUGUAGAGUUGUACAGCCAUCACCACUAUCUGAUUUUAGAUCAUUUUCAUCCUCCCAACAAGAAACCCUGUCCCUGAGUCACUCCUUCUCCCUCUCUCUCCAGCCCCUGGCAGCCGCUAAUCGACUUUCUGUCUCUAAGGGUUUGCUUGUUCUUGACAUUCAUACACAUGGAAUCAUACAAUACGUGGUCCGGCUUCUUUCACUCAGCAUGUUUUCAAGGUUCAUCCAUGUAUCCAUGUGGCGUGUAUCAGGCUUCAUUCCUUUUUUUUCCCCCACUUCGUUCCUUUUUAUUGCUGAACAGCAAUAAAAUGGAAAUUAUAUGGAUGGACUUUUUUUAUCCAUUCAUCAGUUGAUGGACAUUGUGGUUGUUUUCACCUUGGGGCUAUUAUGAAUACUGUGAACAUUCGUGUACAAGAUUCAGUGUGAACACAUGCUUUCCGUUCCUGGGAGUGGAGUUGCUGAGUCACACUGUAACUCAUGGGAUUUCCUGUUUAACAUUCUGUGGAACUGCCAGACUGUUCCAAAGGGGCUGUACCAUUUGCCAUCCCACCAGCAAUGUUGAACUAUACAUUUUUUAAAUAAGUAGAACCAUGUAUUAUUCAGGGAUGCAUAAAACAGGAAACCGACCUCACAUUUGCUUAUGCACAAAAAAAUAAAAGGAAAGGAAAUUUCUAGUUCAUGUAACUGAAAAGGAGCAGACCUUAGCUCCACGUGCAGUGGGACUCAGAGAGUGUGAGCAGCCUUAUCAGGGCUGGGCCUUCACUGAGUCUGUGGAGUCACUUCCAGCUGGGAUAAGGCUGAAGAAAAGAUGCUACUGUUUAUGGUAUGAAGUGAUCCUUUAAAGCAUGGAGAACGACUUGCCUAAGACUUCAUACCACUAAGUUCGAAAAUAACUCCUGGCGAACAGUAUUAAUAAGAUUAUUUUACAGGCAAUGAAUUUUAAAACACUAGCUUUCAUCAAAGUAUUGAUAAUUUGAAUAACAUGGAUUUGAUUUGAAAUCUAGUCCUUUCGUUAGGACUCUAAUGUUCAAUAGCUGGCAUGUAAAUAUGUACCCCAGCAUUUUCAUCAUCCUAAAAGCAACAGAGCACAUAGAAAAUACCAGGACUCAAAUUAAACUUAGCUAAAGAAGUUUUAAAGUUAAAAUUUUUACCAACUAACAAUUACAAGAACCCACUUUUGAAGUUUGGGUUGAAUAUUAGCAUUUUAAGAUUAGUAUUUUUGAAAUAGGAAAUAGAGAAGAUGUACUUUUUUUUUUUUAAUGUAUCAUAGGUGACCAAUUUUUAUGGAAGAAUAAAACUAAAAGGCAAUGCCACUUACCUCUUCAGUACUGAGACUGGAUUAUAGAAAUGAUUGUAUUUAUUUAAUAUUUUACAAUUAGGUCAAAAGAUAAUCACUCACUUUUUCAAAUGUGGGUUGGGUAUUCCAAGAAAGAGUUUUCGCUACUUUCUAAAAUGAAAAAGUAUUUUUAUCAAAUUAUGGAGAGAAAAUUUCAUAAAAAUGCAUCUUAAAAACUUUUAAGUGUAAUUUUAUCACUUUGGCCUUUGAAAGUGUGCCCAUUUUAGGAACUGAUUCUUAAAAGAAAGUUACAAACGAAGGAAAGCACAGAAUUACAAUGGGUAAGACUUGGAUUGUAUCACCAAAAUCUACACAGGCAUCAUAAAGUCAGUCACCCAAUUUCACUUUAAACUUGUUUAUAUUGCCUUAUAAAUGUCAUUAACCUUUUGUUUGGACACAAUUUACUAGUUAAUCUAUUUUGAAAUAAAUCUAAUCAUAAAAUGAAGUGGCUUUACUCUUAGGAAUCACUUAACUACAAUUAAAUCAAAGGUCUACAGGGAGUACUAAGGAAGUGUUGGUGUUCGAGAUCUAUUAAAUUUGUGCUUCACAGAGGACUUCCAGAGCACUGGGAACUGUGAUUCUGUCAGAAUUCAUAGUAACAUUAACACUGUGUGCAGUAAGCCAUCAGAGAUAAUAUCCUGAGCAAUUUUAAAUAUGUGAAGAAUUUGGGAGCAACAAAAUCUCCAAGGUGAUCUUAGAAUAAUGUCAGGGAGGACUGUUACAGGAUUAUAAUUUAAUCAGAAGACACCUACCCAAUUGUAUUUUUAUUUUAUUUGGAGAACGGCUAGCUGGUCAACUAAGACCUUGUUACGGCUUAUUUUAUGUGUCAACUUAGAUGGGCCCUGGGGGGACCCUGAGAGUUGGUCAAACGGGUUUUUUAUACUCGGUGUGUCUAUGGGGGUGUUUUGAAAUCUACAUUUAAAAAGGUAGACUGAGCGAAACAGAUUGCCCUCCUUAAGGUGGGUGGGCCUCAGCCAAUCAGUUGAAGGCCUGAAUAGAACAAAAAACUGACCCUCCCCCAAGUGACUGCCUUUGGACUUCACCUGCAACAUUGGUUCUUCCUGCCUAAUGGCCUUUGAACCAGAACAUCUUUCCUUGGGUCCCCUGCACCAUUGGCCCACCCUGCAUGUGUAUACAUAUCUCCUAUUGGCUCUGUUUCUCUGGAGAACCCCUGACUUACACAGGCCUCAGGGACUAAAACAUGGCUCCGAGGCCAACACUGGAGG